UGUGACCCAGGCUCCAGAGAAAGGAUCCCCCCCACCUCGAGUCUCCCAUUUCCUGGCCGAAGUUUCUGUUCUCCGUGGAGUGGCUGCAUCCAUGUGCAUGUGUGGUACCUGCGUCCCGGGGUGAAGAAGUUGGAAACGUAGCAGCUGGAGCAUUCAGGUAAGCAUCUGUGUUCUGGGGGGAGCUCCACAGCCCAACACACAGAACACUGGUCCUCUGUCCACCAUGGAAAACGGGUCGUGCUGCCUCAUCCAGGGGGACCCCAUCUCCCAGGUGAUGCCGCCGCUGCUCAUCCUGGCCUUCGUGCUGGGCGCCCUGGGCAACGGCAUCGCCCUGUGUGGUUUCUGCUUUCACAUGAAGACCUGGAAGCCGAGUACCAUUUACCUUUUCAACUUGGCCGUGGCCGACUUCCUUCUCAUGAUCUGCCUGCCCUUUCGGACAGACUACUACCGCAGACACAGGCAAUGGGCCUUCGAGGACAUCCCUUGUCGGGUGGCACUCUUCAUGCUGGCCAUGAACAGGGCUGGGAGUAUCGUCUUCCUCACGGUGGUGGCCGUGGACAGGUAUUUCAAAGUGGUCCACCCCCACCAUAUGGUGAAUGCCAUCUCCAACCGGACUGCAGUUGGCAUCGUCUGUGCCCUUUGGACCAUGGUCGUCCUGGGGACUCUGUAUCUUUUGAUGGAGAACCAUCUGUGUGUGCAAGAGAAGACCGUAACUUGUGAGAGCUUCAUCAUGGAGUCGGCCAACGGCUGGCACGACGUCAUGUUCCAGCUGGAGUUCUUCCUGCCCCUCAGCAUCAUCUUGUUCUGCUCCUUCAAGAUCAUUUGGAGUCUGAAGCGGAGGCAGCACCUGGCCAGGCAGACUCGGAUGAAGAAGGCUACCCGGUUCAUCAUGGUGGUGGCGGUUGUGUUCAUCACCUGCUACCUGCCCAGCGUGUCGGCCAGACUAUAUUUCCUCUGGACGGUGCCUACCAGCGCCUGCGAUCCCUCUGUCCACGUAGCCCUCCACGUCACCCUCAGCUUCACCUACGUGAACAGCAUGCUGGACCCCCUGGUGUAUUAUUUUUCAAGUCCCUCAUUCCCCAAAUUCUACUCCAAGCUCAAAAUCCACAGUUUGAGACCUAAGCGUCCAGGACACUCCAAGAGGCCAGAAGAGAUGUCCAUUUCAAACCUCUGUCGCAAGAGUUGCAUCAGUGUGGCAAAUAGCUUCCAAAGCCAAUCCGAUGUGCAGUGAGAUCUCCAAAUGUGAUGGAUGGCACCAGAACAGACAGACGGACAAAAUCAAGGAAGACCCAUGGGCGACUUAGAAAUAAUUCAUGCUGAGGGGUGGAGAGCUUUGAAAAUGCCAUUCUUUCUUAGCUGUAUCCUCCUCACUCUGUUAGAUACGAAAUUCAGAUCACUAUGUCUUUUUGGAAGGUUCCAGUUGAGAAGUGAGUCGGUUGCAUUUAUAUGAUUUGAUUCCAAUGACAGGGGCGUGUG